AUGUCUAUCAAUGGAGUUAUUUUAAAGAAAGAUUUUCACAAGUAUCUUGGAACAAACGAGCUUCCGUUUGUUGUGAGCAGUGACGGGUUGGAGGAACUCAAAUUCAAAACCAGAUCAGCAAGACAAUCGCUUUCGAUUAGUACGCAAAAAGAUGUUAAAGAGGGAAGAAUAAAUAUUAAUGCAUCUGAUGGAUAUGUUUAUUUAACAACAAAGCGGCUCGUAUUUAUCACAGCUACACAGGGUGACCUUGAAUCGUUUGUGAUUGAUUUGAACCUUGCCCCCAUACUACAAUUGACGCAUAAACUUCAGGCUCCAUGGUUUGGUGCAAAUUAUUGGCAAUUUUUAUUUUUUAGUGCACCAUCGCCAUCAAUAGCUAGUGACGGAUUCCCAAAGAAUGAAUAUUUCAAAGGAGAAUUGCGGUUUUUAGAUGGAGGCUUAUUUGAAUUCGUUGAUGUUUUGAAUAAAGUACUCAACGAUGUGGUAAAUAAUAGAGAGAUAGAUGACGAGCUACCCUCGUACAGUUCUCGUUGA